AUGGCUUCCUCCCCAUCAGUAUUUUUCGAGGCUCCCUCGAAGUCCCUGUUCAGCUUCCCACCAUCCUCGGACCCGCGGCCGAUACCUCCUCCACACUUCAAUGUGCCAUUUACGAUCCCGGAUGGCCUCUUUACUGCGGCAUUGGACCCCAAGGUCCCCAUCACCAUUGCCGCCACAUACGCCAUCAGCGCGAAACUGCUGAACUCAUACAACAAGUCGAACGGAAAGAAGCCGUGGGGCAUUAGCAAGACGGCGCCCUUCCGCAUCUUUGUCAUUCUUCACAAUGUGUUCCUGGCCGUCUACUCGGCUUGGACUUUUGUUGGCAUGCUCGGGGCUCUGCGGAGGUCAAUCGUCAGCCCGACGGGUCCUAACGGCUGGGCCGGCACCGUUGACAGCUUCUGCAAGCUCAACGGCCCUGCUGGCCUCGGUAACGCCGCUACGUACUACCAAGAGCAGAACGCCUGGGAGACUUCUCCUAGCCGCGUUGACGCCGGCAGACUCUGGAACGAGGGUCUUGCUUUCUACGGGUGGAUCUUCUACCUCAGCAAGUUCUACGAGGUCCUCGAUACCUUCAUCAUCCUGGCCAAGGGCAAGCUGAGCUCUACGCUUCAGACUUACCACCACGCAGGCGCCAUGAUGUGCAUGUGGGCUGGUAUUCGAUAUAUGUCGGCUCCUAUCUGGAUGUUUGCGUUUGUCAACUCUUUUAUUCACGCCAUGAUGUAUACCUACUACACCGUGACGGCCUUCAACAUCCGUGUUCCCACCGCCAUCAAGCGCUCGCUGACUACCAUGCAAAUCACCCAAUUCCUGGUUGGCGCUUCCUACGCCAUGAUCCACUCGUUCGUCUACUACACCAUCCCCGUCCAUGUGGCAACCUCCAAGCCAGCCAGCGCUGUUUCUGAGGCUGUCGCCGCUGCCACCGAAUCUGCCGCUGCCGGCGGUCUGCUUGACAGCCUUAAGCAGGCCGUCUUCGGCGCCGCCGAGGCUGCCAAUGGCGCCGCGGUUGUGUCCAGCCAGGAGGCCGGCUCCGCAGCUGUUUUCUACGAGAGGCAGUACCGGGCUGUUCCCUGCAUCACCACCGCCGGCCAGACCUUUGGAAUCUGGCUGAACGUGUUCUACCUGGCACCCCUGACGUACCUCUUCGUCUCCUUCUUUAUCGCCAGCUACAUCAAGCGCAGCAGCGUGGAGACCAAGCGCAUCCGCGCCGAGGAGAAGACCGCCGACCGACGCCUGAGCAACGCCAUGAUCAACGCUGAGAAGGCCGGCUGGGACGCCGCCCGCGGCCUCGAGAAGGAGGUCUACGGCCAGGGCAGCGAGUCCGCCAUUGUCGAGGAGGAUGUCCCCGCCAGUGGCAACCCGAGGGCGCUACGGAGCCGCAACGGCAAGAAGAACUGA